AAAAGACCACAUUCACUGUUAUAGAGCACAGUCCCAGUGUAACAGGUAUUACAAACCAUUCAUCUGCGCUUUGAGAAAAAUGGGCUGGUUUUUGCCUGAAUUUCACAUUCAAUAGCCUAAGAUUUAGAAGUGUCAUUUUUGGACAUUUGAAAAGGAUUUCAUGAUCUUUGUCAAGAGAAACAUGGCAGAACACUUCCAAGAAAAGGAUACAAGGCUUCGAAAAAGACAUGCAGCCUUCUGAUAAACAGGACUGUAUUUUUUAAAACAUCUUUUUAUUUUUUAAUCACAAAAAGUUUCUUUUGGAGUGCAACAGGCAGGACUGAGCUAACCUCGUGAGAUAUUCUUCAAGCUGGCUUGCCGUUAGAAGAAUGGAGUAAAGCUGGGAUCGUCUAUGAAAGCUGGGAUUGAUUAUUCCAGAUCUUGAGACAUGGCUCAGUCUGAAGACAUGCCUAAGGAGGUGAGCGCUGAGGAGAAGGGAGAGAGCGAGUCCGCCGGGGAGAUCAAACGGGCUCGGACCAUGGCUCUGUACAACCCCAUCCCAGCCAAACACAACUGUCUCACCGUCAACAGGUCCCUCUUUAUCUUCGCUGAGAAUAAUAUCAUCAGAAAAUAUGCAAAGAGAAUUAUAGAGUGGCCUCCAUUUGAGUAUAUGAUCCUGGCCACCAUCAUAGCCAACUGCAUCGUUUUAUCCCUGGAACAGCAUCUUCCUGGUGAAGACAAGACGCCUAUGUCCAAAAGGCUGGAGAAGACCGAGCCUUAUUUCAUUGGGAUCUUCUGUUUUGAGGCUGGUAUCAAGCUGGUGGCGCUCGGUUUUGUUUUUCAUAAGGGUUCCUAUCUCAGAAACGGCUGGAAUGUAAUGGACUUCAUUGUUGUGCUAAGUGGGAUUCUGGCCACUGCCGGCUCUCAUAUGAAUAUCCCUGUGGAUCUGAGGACCCUGAGAGCUGUGCGUGUGCUCAGACCCCUCAAACUAGUCUCCGGUAUCCCUAGUUUACAGAUAGUUCUGAAGUCCAUUAUUAAAGCGAUGGUGCCGCUGCUGCAGAUCGGCCUUCUGCUGUUCUUCGCCAUCCUGAUGUUCGCUAUCAUCGGUCUGGAGUUUUACAGUGGCAAAUUACACCACACUUGCCUGCCCUCUCCAGAUAUACUCGAAAACGAGACGGUGGACUCUUCUGAGGUGGAGUUUGCGUGUGGAGUGAGGAAGUGUCCUGAGAAAUACACCUGCAGUGGCAGCUGGAUUGGGCCCAAUGAUGGCAUCACUCAGUUUGACAACAUCCUGUUUGCAGUGCUAACAGUAUUUCAGUGCAUCACUAUGGAGGGAUGGACUGCCGUCCUGUACAAUACUAAUGAUGCUUUGGGCCCCACAUGGAAUUGGAUUUAUUUCAUUCCUCUCAUUAUUAUCGGCUCGUUUUUUGUGCUCAACCUUGUCUUGGGUGUCCUUUCUGGGGAGUUUGCUAAAGAGAGAGAGAGGGUGGAGAACAGACGUGCCUUCAUGAAGCUCAGACGCCAGCAACAGGUGGAGCGAGAACUCAACGGCUACCGGGCCUGGAUUGACCGAGCAGAGGAAGUAAUGCUUGCAGAAGAAAACAAGAAUUCUGGGAGAUCAGCAUUAGAUGUUUUGAAACGGGCCACCAGCAAGAAAAAUGCAAGGCGUCGAGGACCAGGAGAGGAGAAAUAUUCUGAAGUCUCUACAGUUGGUGGCCCCCGCCCGAGGGUUGGUAUACGGACAGCGAGACGAGGGCCCGCUGCUUACUUGCGGCGCAAGGAACGCAUGUUGCGGAUAUCUAUUCGUCGCAUGGUUAAAACCGACAGCUUCUAUUGGAUAGUCCUCAGUCUGGUGGCGCUCAACACCAUUUGUGUUUCCAUCGUUCAUCACAACCAACCGGAAUGGCUCACUAUUAUUCAGUACUACACAGAGUUCGUGUUUCUUGGACUUUUUCUUGCUGAGAUGUUUCUGAAAAUGUAUGGCCUUGGUUUCCGUCUCUACUUCCAUUCAUCCUUUAACUGCUUUGAUUGUGGGGUGAUUGUGGGUAGUAUUUUUGAAGUGGUUUGGGGAUUCUUCAGGCCUGGAGAGUCUUUUGGCAUCAGUGUCCUCAGAGCUUUACGUCUGCUACGGAUCUUUAAGAUAACAAAGUACUGGACAUCCUUACGGAACUUGGUGGUUUCCCUCAUGAGCUCCAUGAAGUCGAUCAUCAGUUUGCUCUUCCUCCUCUUCCUGUUUAUCGUAGUCUUCGCUUUACUUGGAAUGCAGCUGUUUGGUGGAAGGUUCAUCUUUGAAGAUUACACCCCUACUAAUUUUGACACGUUUCCUGCAGCCAUCAUGACUGUCUUUCAGAUUCUUACUGGAGAGGACUGGAAUGAGGUGAUGUACAAUGGGAUUCGCUCACAAGGAGGGGUGCAGUACGGCAUGUGGUCCUCAAUCUACUUUAUUGUUUUAACUUUGUUUGGGAACUAUACAUUGCUCAAUGUAUUCUUGGCUAUUGCUGUGGAUAAUCUAGCCAAUGCACAGGAACUAACUAAGGAAGAAGAGGAGGAAGAGCUCUUCAAUUCGCGUUAUAAAUCCAGAGAUUUUGGCCUCUCAGAAAGGAGACGGAGACCUUACUUGUACAGGAAGCGCGCCAUCCACCGAGGACGACCGUCUCCUGCAGAGGCAGAGGAGGAAGCCGCUGGGAAGCAAGCGGAAGAGCAGCCCGUCAAUGCUUUUGCUGGCCGCCGUGAAAGACGCAAAAAGAUAAACAUGUCCGUGUGGGAGCAACGGGCCAACCAGCUGCGAAAACGUCGGCAGAUGGCCAGCCGUGAGGUGCUGUUUGGCAGUCCCACAGAGGACCAGUUGGACACUCCAGUGAGUGAUCAUCACCAACAGAGCUGCAUAUCCCCAGAGACGAGCCCUUUACACUUACCAGAAUCACCGAUGUCUGUGGGGAUGCCCCUGCCAGAGCCGCCCAUGUCUAUCUCCAUUCCUCUCCCCGAACCUCCAGAAUCUGAGCCCUUGCCCCUGACAGGAUCGGGGCUGGAGGAGAGGCCGGGCACUAAUAACCAUCAUUCAAAUACAGAGAGGAGGCAUCGUGUGGCAAGGAAGUUUCGGGCUGCUGCUGCUGCAGGGGUGGCAGAGGGUGGGCGGCACAAACGCCACAGACAUCGAGAGCCCAGAACAGAGGCCAGAAAUGCAGAAAAUCACCAGCAAUUUGGGUGCAGUGAGAAACCGGCUGAGGAGGGUGAGGAUCAAAUGGAUGAAACACAGUCUAAAAACUUGAUGCACAUGUACGAAACAGAAAUAAUCAUGCCUGGCAAGCAGACUGAGAGUCAGGAGGAAUGUCAAAGGGAGUUUGUGGGUGAUGUGACUGAGAUUUCCCAAGCAUCUGGCCUUCAGGAGCUUCAGACUGUCUGCACUGGAAUGGAAGAUCAAGCAGAAAGCCAGGAAACUCCAUUCCUGAGGCACAAAGAAGAGUAUACAUCAGAAUCCAAGUACAUGACAGGGGAAGUCUCAGACAUUGAGAACAAUGGCAGCUAUCUAAACCAGGAUGAGUGUAUGACAGAAACCAGCUUUAAACGAGAUACAUCUACCCAGCCUUUGUUGGAAAUGGCACCAAUGACUGUCAGCUUCAAAGACGUGGAGGCCUCUCACUCAGACAAAGCUGAUGAUGGUAAUGACGAUGAUGACGAUGAUGACGAUGAUGAUGAUGAUGAUGAGAAUGGAGGUGAACAGUCGACUGCCCCCAAACCCGACAUACCAGACAGCAUGUUCAUUUUCAAAAGCAAAAAUCCUAUCAGGAGGAUCUGCCACUAUGUGGUGACCCUGCGCUACUUCGAGAUGACCAUUCUCCUGGUGAUUGUGGCCAGCAGCAUUGCACUGGCUGCUGAGGACCCUGUCUGCACCAAUUCAGAGAGGAAUAAAGUUCUUCGGUACUUUGAUUAUGUUUUCACUGGCGUUUUCACAUUUGAAAUGAUUAUAAAGAUGAUCGACCAGGGCCUCAUUCUUCAUGAUGGGUCGUAUUUCCGUGACUUGUGGAACAUUCUAGACUUCAUUGUGGUGGUUGGAGCUUUAUUUGCCUUUGCAUUGACGAAUUUAAUGGGAAACAACAAAGGCCGAGACAUCAAGACCAUUAAGUCCUUACGGGUUCUCCGAGUUCUCCGUCCCCUCAAGACCAUCAAAAGACUUCCGAAGCUCAAGGCUGUGUUUGAUUGUGUGGUCACAUCCCUGAAGAACGUCUUCAACAUCCUCAUCGUCUACCAGCUCUUCAUGUUCAUCUUUGCUGUGAUUGCAGUGCAGCUCUUCAAGGGAAAGUUCUUCUACUGUACCGACGGAUCCAUGGCCACACAAAAAGAGUGCCAAGGCUACUACAUUGACUAUGGCAGGGACAGGAAGGAGGUGAAGAAGAGGGAGUGGAGGAGACACGAGUUCCACUAUGAUAAUGUCCUCUGGGCUCUUCUGACGCUCUUCACUGUGUCCACAGGAGAGGGCUGGCCACAAGUUCUCCAACACUCGGUGGAUGUGACUGAGGAAAACCACGGCCCAAGCAGAGGAAACCGAAUGGAGAUGUCCAUUUUCUAUGUCAUAUACUUUGUGGUUUUCCCCUUCUUUUUUGUCAACAUCUUUGUUGCUCUCAUCAUCAUCACAUUCCAGGAGCAGGGAGACAAAAUGAUGGAGGAGUGCAACUUGGAAAAAAACGAGCGGGCAUGCAUUGACUUUGUUAUCAGUGCAAAACCCCUAACGAGAUACAUGCCUCAGAACCGACAGACCCUCCAGUACCGAUUGUGGCACUUUGUGGUGUCGCCAUCAUUCGAGUACACGGUUCUAGUCAUGAUUGCACUCAACACAGUAGUGCUCAUGAUGAAGUACCACUCGGCUCCAGCUGCCUACGACAUCGUCCUGAAGCACCUCAACACUGCGUUCACUGUGCUCUUCUCUCUGGAAUGCAUCUUAAAGAUUUUCGCCUUUGGGUUCAUGAACUACUUCCGAGAUACAUGGAACAUCUUUGAUUUCAUCACUGUGCUGGGCAGCAUUACUGAAAUUGUGGUAGAUUUACAGUCUUUGAACACCAUCAAUAUGAGUUUCCUGAAGCUUUUCCGGGCAGCUAGACUCAUUAAACUGUUGAGACAAGGCUACACAAUACGGAUUCUGCUGUGGACAUUUGUUCAGUCCUUCAAGGCUCUUCCAUAUGUUUGCCUUCUCAUUGCCAUGCUUUUCUUCAUUUAUGCCAUUAUUGGCAUGCAAGUAUUUGGUAAUAUUAAAUUGAAUGAUGAGAGCCACAUUAAUCAACACACCAAUUUCAAGACGUUCUUUGGUGCCUUGAUGCUGCUCUUUAGAAGUGCUACAGGAGAGUCGUGGCAGGAGAUCAUGCUCUCGUGUCUGGAGGGGAAGGAGUGUGAACUGGACCCUUCAAUACCACCACCUUUCACCUCUCCAGAUCAUGAAGGGGGCUGUGGCACGGACUUUGCCUAUUUCUAUUUUGUCUCAUUUAUCUUUUUCAGCUCAUUUUUGAUGCUGAAUCUGUUCGUGGCUGUGAUUAUGGACAACUUUGAGUAUUUGACCCGCGACUCCUCCAUUCUCGGACCUCACCAUCUGGAUGAGUUUGUGCGCAUCUGGGGAGAAUAUGACCGAGCUGCAUGUGGCCGUAUUCACUACACUGCCAUGUAUGAGAUGCUAACCCACAUGUCUCCACCUCUUGGAUUGGGAAAGAAGUGUCCUGCCAAAAUUGCUUACAAGAGACUGGUGCUGAUGAAUAUGCCAGUCGAUGAGGACAUGACGGUUCACUUCACCUCCACACUAUUGUCUCUGAUCCGCACCGCACUGGAGAUAAAAAUCGCUAGAGGUGGCGAGGACCGGCUACAGUUGGACAUCGAAUUGCAGAAGGAGAUAAGUGUCAUCUGGCCACACCUGUCCCAAAAGACUCUGGAUCUGCUGGUACCCAUUAACAAAGACACGGACAUGACCGUUGGAAAGAUCUAUGCUUCUAUGAUGAUCAUGGAUUACUUUAAGCAGAGCAAAGCCAAGAAGUUGAGGCUACAGAUUGAGGCACAGAAAAGUCCCACCCUGCCCCUGAUCUCUCACAGCGCUGGAUCAGCCUUGACCAGUGGAGGGUUUUUGGCUUUAAGCCCCAUAUCACCGCCGGAGCUGUUAUUGCAGCCCAUGACCCACCGUACAGACAGCAGUGAAGACUAUGAUGCCUCUCAGGUUGAUGAAUCAGGGUUGAAUGGCAUGUGGGGGGAAGAUCGCCCACCUGAACAUGCAUUCAGAACCAGACACAAGAGCUACAAAGCUGCAGUGUCCCACUCAGACCAGACACAGUACAUGGAAAAGGUGCGAGGACGAGCAAAAGAACAACGGUUCUUACUUUCCCCGGAUAACUCGAACUCAAAAUCUCGUUCCCGCUCUCCCAGUGAGGAGCGCGUACAUGGGGUCACCAGACAGGGAAACAGCUCCGAAAGCCCCGUUCCCUCCACCUCAGAGUCCAGCACCCCGAGCGGCAAGCGUCGCCUGUCCCAGACCUCCACCGGCUCACACCCUCACAUCUCCUACUCACCCUUAGUGUGCCACACGCAACCUUCAUCACACGCUGAUGAUGACGAUGAUGACCCAAGCGUCCAGCAGAUGAUAGGGUGCUGCAGCACUGCUGUGUGGGAUGACGGUGCUGAAGACCAGGAAGCGAGACAGCAGGAAAGUACCCAUUUUGAAGUGGACGAAUAUCUGGGUUCAUCCGCACGCCGCUAUCCUUCCGAGUCCUUCCUCGCCCUACAAGAGGAAGAGCACAGCCCUGAUUCUGCCGCUCCUAUGGAAACUCUUACCUUUGAGGCGGCGGUGGCCACCAGUCUUGGCCGCGCGAACACGGUCAGCGCCUCGAUGCGCACAAGGUCAAGGAUAGGCUGGCAGGUGCCCAACGGACACUUCCGGAAGAGACUGGCACAGAGCGUAUCCCUCGCUGGCGGCGAAGCUCUCAGCGAUGCAGAUGAUGACAAAUACUAGAUCAGUCAGUAGAACAGAGACAUAACAGGACAAAUGUACUGAGGUGGAUGCUGAUCCUCACUAUAUUCAAGAGGUGUUUUAUAGAUAUACAAAUUAAACGUGUUCAGUGAAACGAGCAACGGAAAGACUUCAUAUUUAUAUUCUCUUAAUUUCUCAUCAGAUAGUGAGUUUGGAAAGCAUCACAUACUGUACGUACAUUUGAGGCCCGAUUCAGGUAUUAAGUGCUUUAUUUCCAGUUGGGGAUAGUGAGCUGAUUGAGUGAAGUGCUUAAACUUGUUUCUUACGUUUAAUGUCCUUUUUUUUUUUUUCUCAGUUUCUGAAGUUUAAAGUCUUUUUCUACCAAAAUGCCAUUUGUUUCUAAUUCAUCUCUGCCACAUUAUUGAAAUUCGCUAAUAAUGCAUAUACUUUGUUUGAAGUUCAAGUUCAGUUUCUAAAGUGAAUAGGCCACUGUAACUAAACUUAAAAAACUUAAAAAAAAAAAAAAAAAACUAAUUUGUCAAAAACAAUUUUCAUAUGAUUCCAUAAAAUGCUGUUAAAACUGAAAAGAAGAAAAAAAAAUAAGAUUUUACAGCUGAUGCUUUAAUUAUUCAAUGUUUAAAAUUAGUUUAGAUGAAUGUCUUGUAAAGGGGUUUACAUUCACAAAUGUAAAUUCUGACAAAGGUUAAAGACAUCGCGGUCAAAUUUGAUGUCACAAUCGAUUCAGGAUUUGUUUUUAAAACUAAAAGAUUUUUUCUUUGAAAAUAUGUAAUUUAAUCGUUCUUUCAGGCUACUUGGAAUUGGGAUUUUUGUUACUGAAUUUGAAAUGAUAAGCAUCCUGAUAACUUUAUGUUUAAAUUAAUAAAAUAUUGUCUUUUUACCCUG